GAUCAGUUAACGACUGCACGACCAGUUCAGACUUCCUAUCACGUGGUGCAGUAGCUUCCUUUCUUCUCAGAACCAAGGAAAGAGAAUACUUCGCAAAAUGGAGGGUCAUGAACAUAGGGAGCCUGAACAGCUCAGGAAGCUGUUCAUUGGGGGCCUAAGUUUUGAAACCACUGAGGAAAGUUUAAGGAUCCAUUUUGAACAAUGGGGAAACCUCACAGACAGUGUGGUAAUGCGGGACCCAAACAACAAGCGCUCGAGAGGGUUCGGCUUUGUAACAUACUCCUGUGUGGAGGAGGUGGAUGCCUGCAUGGCAGCUCGCCCUCAUAAGGUGGACGGACGUGUUGUUGAACCUAAAAGGGCUGUAUCGAGAGAGGACUCUAACAGACCGGGUGCCCACCUGACAGUGAAGAAGAUAUUUGUUGGGGGGAUCAAGGAAGACACACGGGAGGACCAUAUCAGGGAGUACUUUGAGACCUACGGGAGGAUCGAGACCAUUGACAUUAUGGAGGAACGCGCAACUGGGAAAAAGAGGGGAUUCUGCUUUGUCUCAUUUGAUGACAAUGACACUGUGGAUAAAAUUGUUGCUCAGAAAUACCACACAAUAAACAGCCACAAUUGCGAAGUCAGAAAAGCACUCCCAAAACAGGAAAUGGAGGCGUCCAAUCAGAGGAAUAGGGGUGGUGGCUCUGGAAACUUCAUGGGCAGAGGUGGUAACUCUGGUGGUGGCAACUUUGGGCAAGGAGGCUACGGUGGCGGAAGAGGAGGGGAUGGAUACAAUGGAUACGGUGGAGAGGGUGGAAACUACAGUGGGGGACCUGGCUACAGAGGUGGACGUGGUGGCGGGUAUGGGGGAGGAAGUCCUGGGUAUGGUAACCAGGGAGGAGGCUUUGGAGGAGGAUAUGAUAACUACAAUGACAGAGGCAACUUUAGAGGGAACUUUGGUGGUGGAAGGGGUGGAAAUUACAAUGACUUUGGCAACUACGGAGGACCGCAAUCUAGCUAUGGUCCCAUGAAGGGGAACAACUUUGGUGGCAGAAACUCUGGUGGUGGCCCCUAUGGAGGUGGCUACGGCUCAGGCGGUGGAAGUGGGCAUGGCUACGGCUCACAGCGAUAUUGAUACUAUGACGCUCGGGCUUCAGUUCUUAGCAGGAGAGGAGAUGAGCAAGGAUUUGUCAGGAAAGCUGCAGGUUACUGUACUUUUAGGCAGUCGUCUGAAAGCAUGUAGAGGAACAGAAGUCAGAAAGUUAUUGCAGCUUUAAUGGGAAACUAAUCCUAAGAAAGACUGUACACACAAACUAUAAAGUGCAAGGGUGUAGCUAGUACCUUAUUUGUGGUAGAUGUUCCCCCACUUUAUAAUUGUUCCUUUUGUGCAUCUGAAGUGUAUGUAUUGUUGUGCCUGUGGAAUCAGGAGUUUAAAAAAAAUAAAAAAGUAUUUCGAACUCCAGUCAGUUUUGAAUAGUCCUACAUUUAUUUUGCUGUAGAUUGAUAGAUUUUCUAUGGUCUUCUCAUCUUUGUCGUUUUUGAAGAACUUGGUCCUGUCAGAAGGGCCUGUACGCAUCAGGCCAUCAAAUAAGCUAGAGCUGUCUUUUUUUUCUUUUGAAGUUAAUAUGAUUGCAAGUCUUUGUAUCAAGUGUAUUAUGAUCUGUAUUUCAAGAACCCCAUGUAUUUUAUUAGUGACAAGUGGUUAUAAGUAGUGCAGACAACAAUUUUAAGGAAAUGUGUUUUACACUACUUGUAUGCAGUAAACAGAAUUCUAGAUUGUAAAAAAUAUUUUGACAAGUGGAAAAAAGUUUAAUAAAGUUGUGUAGUAAAGUC